GCGAAAGUGAAAACUGAAACUAAAACGGGUAUAAAUCCUGAUCCAGUGCGUUUGCAGGACAGAGCAGGAAACUGCAGAGAGCUUUUCCACUUCAGCUGACGGAGCAUCACCAGAGGAAACCAGAACAAUGAGUUACGGAGACAUCGGGAGGGUUGAAACCUCUGGAGCUUCAUGGGAAACGUCUCAGCAGGACAGACUCAGUGUUACAGGAGUGGCUGCAUCACACCAAAUGGCCCAGAUUGACGUUGGUAGAAUGGCGACAUACAAAACAAUGAUCCAACGCGUGGGAAGCAGAUUUGGAAUCGAUCCAGCCCUUAUCGCUGGCAUCAUCUCCAGAGAGUCCAGGGCCGGAAAUGCUCUGCAGAACGGCUGGGGGGACCAUGGAAAUGCCUGGGGGCUGAUGCAGGUUGACAAGAGGCACCACGCCAUACAGGGGGACUGGAACAGUGAGGAGCAUCUCUCCCAAGGCACAGAUAUCCUUGUUUAUUUCAUCAAACGCAUCCAGAACAAAUUCCCCUCUUGGACCAGGGAGCAGCAGCUGAAAGGAGGGAUAGCGGCCUACAACAUGGGGGAUGGAAGCGUCCACUCCUACCAAGAUGUGGAUGCCCAAACAACAGGUCGAGACUACUCCAACGAUGUUGCUGCCAGGGCUCAGUGGUACAAAAGAAAUGGAUAUUAACACCUGGAAGUAGGGAUGGGAAUUGACACGAUUUUUACGAUUCCAAUUCCAUUUUCGAUUCUGCUUACCAAUUCGGUUCUUUAACAAUUCCCUUAUCGCUUCCCAUUUGGAAAAAAAGGACAACAAUGAGGCAAAUGGCGCUAAUAUGAUGGGGAGUGUUCACUAGUUAAUUAGUUACCUGCAGUAUUAUUAGCCAACGAAAUGCUAACGUUGCUGACACUGCUGGAAAACGCAACAUUCCUUCCCAUCCCUACGUGGAAGUGAUAAAAAUGUAAAGAUGGGAAUGAAAAAGAAACCAUUUGUGUACCGUUUGGUGAUAAAUAAAUUACAUUCCAAGCAUGCUUAGAAA